AUGACUGAGCAUUAUGGGGGCUUCCUGCACCCUGGAAAGCGGAAAGGCCGGUGCUGCAAAGCAGUCGCGCCAUGUCGCGCCCAACGACGCCCAAGUCCGCACGAAGAAAAAACGAAAGGAGCGAUUGCAGGUCACAGUCCAGACCUCCCAGAUGAGGAAUUGUCAACUCCAUUGCACUUGGCUGCAGAGGAGGGCUACCUGGAAGUUGUCAAGUGUUUGGUCGAGGAAAUACAUGGAAAUACUCCGUUGCUGCUUGCAGCCAAGGAGGGUCGAGAGGACGUGGUGGAAUACUUCUUGGCCAAAGCUAAAUUGCAAGCACCGCACAAGGCCAACUACGAAGGGGAGACUCCACUGCUUGGCGCGGUGCAGAAGGGCCGCAGGAACAUUGUGAAGGUGCUUCUCUUACACAACCGAUCAGUGAAACUGAGAUGGUGCAAAGCUUGCUGGAAGGGAAAGCGCAGUCCAUAG